AAACGUACUUCUUUCUAAUCACAUUUAACGUGUGCUUGUACCAGGUUGCAUUUAUAUUUUAAAGGUAGACGUAACUGGUUAAAACGUACGAACUUCCCAGCUAUGUUGCUCGCUGGACGAUUGCGAUCUGCUGUAAAACUAACAAAAGCAGCAAGCAACGUUUACAAUGCAACAAAACCUCUUGUUCCGAAAACAGCAAGCAGGGUAUUUAAAAGACAUGGAGGUACAAACCGUAUGGGUUACCGAUGCAUGCCACCGGAUGAUCCAUUAAUUGAGAUGGCUUGCGACGUUGUCCUUACAGUUCUGUGGGCUUAUUUAUAUUAUAACUUCUACCACAGCGGUGGUACACUAUUUAACGUAGGUGUCAACUACCAUACAUACGAACAUCUAUCUGAUGCUGAUCUUGGAAUCUAAUUGAGUUUAAUUAUUUCUUACCGUUCAAAGUUCUGAUCAAUAAAUACUGUUAACAAAUA